AUGCAGAAUGCCUGCUACUGUCUUUGGUUGGGAGCUGACAUCGUGAAGGCUUCUGUGGGGUUACGAUCAUCUUUACUUUUCGGCAUAAUUUUGGCUUUUUCUGAGCAAGAGUCAGUGUCCAUAGGGUGUACUUCUUCUACAUUCUGGGCUGUUGUUCCACUGACUCUACUUGGUCAAGGCCGCCUCUUGCAUUCUGAUGAAGUGUCUCUGGGAACUGGCUGUCCUGUCAAGAUAACUGAGAAGGGGUAUGAGUUUAAUUAUUUUGUCAUUGAGUGUGGGAUUCAGAAAGAGGUUUUCUCCAGGGGAGUGAUUUUUUAUUCAGUUCUCUCUUGUAACAUAAUGCACAAAGAGGUCACUGGAAAAAUUCCUUUAAGGUGUAUUGUUUUCAGCACUAUCAACAACCAUCUUGCAAAGUUCAAAAAUGAGAUUCCCUCUGCCACUUCUUGUUCUUCUUGGAACUUAACCGACCUUUGCCUGUUUGGAUUGCCUUGGAUUCCAUACUUCCAACACUCCUCGGUGAGGAUCCUUAGAACAGGCAGCAGGUGCUGGGGUUGA